AUGCUCGGCGCACUCGGCCUCGGCCAGAAGAAGGCCCGGACAAAGAACCUCAAGCUGACCAAGACCCUCUCGAACUGCUCGACCACCUCAGCCUCCACCACGCUCACCGCCGUCUCCUCGUGCCCAUCGACGGCCAGGAAGACGGUCAGGGGCACCCGCAGCCUCUUCAGCCGGCUCUCCGCUACCUACCAGACGAUCACCCACCUCUCCUCCUCCUUCACCGACUCCCUCCACUCCAACGCAACCAGCUGCCCGAGCAACCCCGCCAGCCUCCAUCCCAGCUGCCCCUCGCCGCUCGACACCAACCAGUCCGACUACAACGAGCUCUCCUCGCAUCGCAGGCGCAUCCUCGGCUCGGUGACCGACCAAUGGCCGAUGUACUCCAGCGACCCGCAGGACUAUCUCCUGGGCGCGCACAUCGGCUCCGGGGCCUCCUCGGUCGUCCGUCUGGCCCACUUCAAGCCCCGGCCGGGCGAGCUGUGUGCAGUCAAGGUGAUCGACAUCGACCGGCUGUCGGUCAAGCAGAUCGAGUAUCUCCGCAGAGAGACCCUGCUCAUGUCCCUGGCCAAGCACCCUAACGUGCUCAGGGUCAGAGGGGAAUGGAUCGAGGAGAGCUCGCUGUGCAUCGCCAUGCGCCUCAUGCAGGCCGGCUCGAUCGCAGACCUGCUCCGGUUCAGGUUCCAGGACGGCCUGCCCGAGCCGGUCAUCGCCUCCGUGCUCAUCCAGGCCAUCGCCGGCCUGGACUACCUCCACGCCAACGGCUGGAUCCAUCGCGACCUCAAGGCCGCCAACCUCCUCCUCGACCACGACGGCACCGUCCUCCUCGCCGACUUCGGCGUCAGCAUCGACCGCCCCUGCGACCCCGCCCCCCCUGCAUCCACCCCGCUACUCACCCGGCAGACCAGCUUCGUCGGCACGGCUCUCUUCAUGGCUCCCGAGGUGGUUACCCGCCAACCGUACAACGACCGUGCAGAUAUUUGGUCGUUUGGGAUCACAGCAUUAGAGAUGGCAGUCGGUAAAGCGCCCUACGCGACGAUCUCGCCGGCCCGGGUGCUGAUGAAGACGGUCCAGGAGCCCUCGCCGACGCUCGACCGGCGGCGCGCGGGGGCGCCGUACGAGUACUCGAAGGCCUUCCAGCGCUUUGUGGACCGGUGUCUGAGCAAGGACCCGGCGCUGCGGCCGACGGCGCGGCAGCUGCUCUGCAAGGAGAAGUUCUUCCGCCAGGCCCGGCCCAAGGCUUUCCUCCUCCAAACCAUCCUCGCCGACCUUCCCCCGCUCGCCCUCCGCCAGGAACGCCGCUUCUUCGCCCCGCCUAACUCCCGCAUCCCCCACCCCGUCGAUAAUCACCUGCUCUCCCCCGUCCAGCCGCCCCUCCCCUGCUUCAACAACUACCAGCCGCCGCGCGCCGACGACCACGCGUCCCUCAAAGCCUCCCCCGACCAGGGCUUGGAUAGUCCCUCUUCUUCUUCUUCUGCCUGUCCGCCCUGGGACUUCUCCUCCGUCUCCAGACCCCACUCCUUCGCCUCCUCGAUCACUAACCACUCCUCCCCCUCCGAACCCACCCACGACACUCUCGUCAAGCCUCCCCCCAUCCUGUCUCGUCCCUCCCUGUCCCGUCUCAACACCGACGCCCGGCCAAACGUCUUCGAUAUCGUCGACUCCUUCAACCUCCAUCCCGCUGCCUAG